AUGGACACGAGCUUGGUCCCAGCGUCACCAAUGAUCAAUUCCGCAAACGUUUCCUCGGCCGGCGGCAACAACACUGACGACACCUUGCUCUGCCGGUACAAGUUUGGCAAAUGCUUGAACCCACGGACGUUCAAGAUCAACGGUACAUUACACUCGUUGUGUACGAUGCACAGACAAAGGCAGAACGCACAUCAGCUCAAAAGCGACCGCAAACGGCGCCAACGCAAGUCCCUGCAACGCGAUCGGUCUAGCCCGGUGUUCACGUCCACCACCCCAACGGCCGUCCCGUCGAUCACGGAUUCGAACGUGUCCCCCGCACCUUCCAUUCCAUUCCUUGAAGAUGACUUCAUGCGAGCCAGCGCCAUUGGUGAAGCCAUCUACUGCAUCAACUUGAACCUAAUCAAGCUGACCCAUCUGCUCAUGCACCACGAUGAGGUCGCACGAGUCGAGAGCUGCUCCGUGCUCUUGUCGUUGAACCCAGAAAACCUUGGCACCCCGAUACCUUCGACUAUCAAGAGCAAAGGCACAGCCGACUACGUUGUCAAUUCGUCAAUACCAGCCGAGCACAACGAAGUGGCAGAGGCCAUGCUGCAGAGUCCCCAGCAUACCUUGCCCGCCAUGGUUGCCCCCUACAGCCCCCGCCCUUCAAGCGAACACCCAUCACCCCUUCCAGCAUUGUCAUCCAUCGUGAAGGCUCAUUCUUCCUGCCCCAUGAACUUCCAUCGCUUUGUCGUGUAG